AUGUUGAAAGCAAAUAUCAAAAAUAUUAAGACCAAAAUAAAAGACAACACAGAACUGGAAAACCCACAAGCAACCAAUUCUUUAAAACAACAGAUCACAAUCCAAAAUGUUUUUGAUAUUAAUGACACAAUUGAAGAUACUCAGGUAUUGACUCAGACUGAUGUAAAAAAUGAAAUCCAAAAACUAUUGUUUAAAUGGUGCAGCAUCCCAAAAGGUUAUCCAGAACAAAAAAAAUUAGAGGAAUCGGUAAAUAAAAUAUCAUCGACUUUUUUUGGGGUUCCACUAUUGGCUAUCAUUGUACAGGAAUCGUUGAAAAAGUAUUUGGAAACAAAUAAUAGUACUUUUCCAAUAAUUAAACUGUCUAAAUCAAGUAAACAUUCAAUUAAUAUUACCGGGGCAACCAUUGAUAUAAAAUUGUUUUGUGCUGAAGAAUACAGUGUUGAUCUUAAAGAAAAUCUUUCUAGGUCUGUUGAUUUUAAAGGAGAACUGGAUUUAAAUAAUAUUAAUCUUGAAUCCUUAUGUAAAGUAUUUUAUUUAAGAAAAUCUAGAUUAAGGUACAAUACUGAGGAAUAUUUCAAGAAAAUAGCUCGCCAGUUGCAUCAUGAAAAUGUUUUGUAUAAGUCUUGGUCCCCAUUUAUGAGCCAAUAUAGCAAUUACUUUGAAUACCAAUUCUCAGAAAUACAAAAGAAUAUUAUAGAAAUUCAAAAUGCAAUAACUCACACAGUUGACCAUAAUGAUGGAGAGUUUCAUUUUGAAAUGAUUUUAAAAAUGUAUAAUGAUACAUAUAGAAAAAUCAAAAAUGAUUAUACAUUAUACACUGUUGAAGAGUUGUUCCAUGUCCACAAGUUAUUAGGUGGUUAUAGUUAUAUAUAUUUUUUUGCUCCUUAUAUAAAGGCAGUUGAGUUACUCACACUAGAACCCACCAUAAAACUCACAAAAUUUAAAAGUUCCAUCAAUAAUCUUCUGAAAUUAAUCACUAAAGAUCAAAAAAAGCGUCUUUUAGAGAUCGGAUUUCGUUAUUCAGAAGGAAAAUUUAACUUCCAUAGUGGUGCAAAUUUUAGGCUAUCAGAUCUUUUAGGUUGGUAA